AUGCCUCUUCGAUUCAAGUCCCCAGAAAAACCUUCGUCCCGAAGAACCACAUGGGUUCGCCAAACGUCACCGAGUCCGUCCAUUGCCGUAGCCGACUCUACCAUCCAACACAUUUUCCACAAGGCACUCAUCGGAUAUGAGCCUACGUCUCUCCUUUCCUUGGACGACCUCGCUGCAGAGUUAGGUCUUGGCGGCAUCUACGUCAAGGACGAAUCAUCACGUUUCGGUCUACCUUCCUUCAAAGCCUCCGGAGCAUCUUGGGGUUGCUUCCGUGCUCUCAUCUCGCACUUGGACUUGGAAUUCGAGUCAGCUACUCUGGAACAGGUGGCUUCCAUUGCUAGAGAUCGGAAAUGCAGGCUGUUGGCGGCUACAGAUGGCAAUCAUGGAAGAGCGAUCGCUUGGAUGGCUCGGUCUUUUGGCAUUGAGUCUUCCAUCUACGUACCUCACGAUCUGCAUCCAAACUUCCUGCGUCUGAUUGCUGCCGAGGGAGCGGAAGUGGUUGUGGUCCAAGGAGACUAUGACUUUGCUGUCUCCACUGCUGCUUCUGCCGCUGCAGCAUCGAAGAACAAUAUCCUUGUGCAAGAUACAGCCUUUGAAGGCUACGAGGAUAUUCCAACCUGGAUUAUCGACGGCUAUGCGACUAUCUUUGCCGAGAUGGAAGAACAGCUGCAAGGACUGAAUGUACAACCAACAACCAUCAUCACACCCGUUGGCGUAGGCUCUUUGGCACAAGCAGUAAUUAGAUACGCCAGAGGACGACGAAACUUCCAGACUGUAGCCGUGGAGCCAGAUACAGCCGCUUGUCUGCACGCUUCUCUCGUUGCUGGGGAAGCCACGUCCAUCGUCACUUCCAAUACUGUCAACGCUGGCUGCAAUUGCGGCACGUUGAGUUCCAUUUCUUGGCCGUACCUUCGUGACUACAUCGAUCUGAGCACCACAGUAUCUGACUUUGAAACUCAUGUCGCAGUGCAAGAUAUGCAUCGUCAUGGUGUCAAUGCCGGUCCUUGUGGUGCUUCUGGUCUGGCAGCGUUGAAGAGACUUGUCGCUGAAGGACACGUCGCAAAAGGAUCUUCGGUGAUACUGAUCAACACCGAAGCCAAGAGAGCUUAUGAUAUACCUCUUGAUGUCAGUGCCGACGAUGUUGUGACCGUUACCCAACAACUUGUCCAGAUUGAUAGUUCGAGUCCUUCGCUGGAUACGACGGGUUCUGCACUAGGAGAAGUGAACAUUGCAGCAUUCAUCACGCAAUGGCUACACCAUCGUGGUAUUGAGACUCAUGUCAUCGAGUCAGUACCAGGUCGCCCUUCUGUCGUGGGAGUUGUUCGUGGUAGCGACCCCAAAGCCAAAUCUCUCAUGCUGAACGGGCACAUUGACACAGUUUCNCUAUCAACCUACGGCUCCGAUCCCCUCAGCGGCAGCCUAGUCGAUGGAAGAAUCUAUGGUAGAGGAGUGCUAGACAUGAAAGCUGGGGUUGCAGCUGCCAUGACCACACUUCUAUAUUUCUCCACGCAUGGCAGCAAAGGCGAUGUCAUCUUCACCGCUGUAGCAGACGAAGAAGACAAAAGCAUCGGUACUACUGCUGUUCUUGCAGCAGGAUGGAAAGCAGAUGCUGCAUUGAUCCCCGAACCCACUUCUCUGCAACUCCACCAUGCACACAAGGGUUUCGUGUGGGUUGGAGUCACCAUCCUUGGAGUUGCUGCGCACGGUUCCGAUGCUCAAACAGGCGUAGAUGCCAUCAUGUCUGCUGCGAAUUUCCUCAGAGCAGUAACAUGCGCCGUGACAUUGCCUAAUGAUGAUGUCUUGGGACAAGCAACGAUGCAUUGCGGUACCAUCCGAGGCGGAGAGGAGAACAGCAGUUACGCCGGUUCUUGCACACUGACCCUCGAGUUUCGCACUGUGAACGACAGCGGCAGCUCCCAGUCUUCUGAUGCAAUCGUCAAGGAUAUCACAAGUAUCCUCGACAAACUUGCUGCCGCAGACAAGAAGUUCAAGUAUGAAUUGCCAAAGGUGCUUUUCGAGCGCAAGCCUUUGCUGCCAAUGUCGGAAACAGAUCCUUUACUCGUUACAACAAGAAAGGCGAUUGCUGAUGUGCAAGGAGAGAAGGAAAAGCAGCCUACAGCAGCCAAAUUCUGGACCGACGCUGCGUUGCUGAGUGAGGCUGGUAUUCCGUCUUUGGUAUUCGGACCCGUGGGUGAAGGUCUGCAUGGAAAGAAUGAAUGGGUGGAUGUCGAGAGUAUCAAGAUUGUGGAGCAAGUGAUGAGGAAAACGAUUGAGGGAUUUCAAGGAAAUUGA